AUGACAUUGGGUGCUGAAAAUAAAAUUGAAUGUCAAGUAGGAGCACAUAAAUAUGGAGAAAUAGAAUGCCCACUUAAAGUCAUAUCAAUACAUAGAGCUAUUAUAAAGUUCAACACUGGAGUAAUUACUUCAAUGAAAGUUUUCAUACAAGUUGAAGUCACUGGUGAUGCUGAUGCUGUUACCAGUGAAAGAUAUGUUGAAAACACUAUUGAAAAUCCUACAUGGUAUACAGUUGAAGAUAAUCAUGUUUCUUUGGUUUCUGAAAAUGUUGAGGAAGUUAUUAAGCUUGAAACUGAUAUGUCGGAUGAUUGGAUGUGGGAAAGUAGAACUGAAAUUACAAAAGAUGUUACCAACCAAAGUAAUAUGAAGUUACCCUUGGAAUGUCAGGACGUCGCAGAUAAUAAUAUUUACUUAAAUCAUGAAAAUACAAGUGAUAAAUUAUUUCAUUGUAAUAUUUGUGGAAAAAGCUUUGAAUUAAGUUAUCUUUUAAAAAAUCACUUGGCCGAACACAAAAAACAAAUAAAUUAUAAAACUAAUAAAUGUAUAUUUUGUGGAAAACAGUUUAAGUUAAGAAUUGGUUUGAAUAAACACAUUCAAAAAAAUCACAAUUCCUCGUAUAAAUGCAGAUUUUGCAGACAAAAUAUUGAUUUCUCUAAUUAUAUCGAACACGAAAAAUGCCAUGAAAGAAAAGAUCAAACUAAGUUUGAUACUAUUCCUAAUACUAAACGGAAUAUAAAGCAAAAACAGUUAAUUCAAACAACAGUCGGAGACCAUUUUCAACAACAAACAAACAUACAGCAAUCAAGUUUAUUGAGACAGCAAUCAGUUGUACCGACAGCUUCGCAAAUCUCAAUGGCAAAUAAUUUCGAUAUCCUAAACAUGAAGCAAGAAAAAAACUUGUGUACAAAUGUCAGAGAAAGGAACAGUUCAGAUCAAGUAGAUUCAGUGAAUAUCAAUGAAUUAACUUUGGCAAACAAACCUCGUGAUUUAAUGGCGGAACAAAACCCUAUUAAUAUAGCUAACAAUAAUAUUGUAUCUACAGUUAGGGAAACACUUUAUUUCUGUAUUAGAAAAUUUCCUAAUAUUAGAAAUGGAUCUCGCAAUGAUUAUGAUCAGACAUCACAAAACAAUGUUAUUUUUAUAUGUAAAAUUUGUAAAAAUUCUCCAUCUACAGAUAUACAUGCAUUUGCAUUACAUAUGAGUGAUCACAGUGAGUGUAAUAUGCAUGAAUGUAUUGUAUGUGAUAAAACAUUUAAAUCUGUAGUUCUUUGGACACACCAUAUGAUCGAUCAUGAACAGCAAAUAGAUUCAAAUGUGUCAACAGUUCAGUUUAAUCUUUUUGAAACUGAAUCUAAGACAUUAGGUCCUAUUAAUUCUAGAAACACGGAACCUCGAGAUUUUCCAAACUUAAGAAAUAGAAAAUUCAAGAAAUCUUUAUUGGAUAAUUCAGAUUCAGAUAUAACAAGGUUAAAUAGUGCCAAUAAAAUUAAACACCAAUAUAACUGUAUUACAUAUAAAAAAGUAUUUCCUUCCAAAAGCCCAUUAAAAAUGCAUCAAUCUCUUCAUAAUAAAUCACAACCUUUUUCCUGUAGGUAUUGUGAUAAAAUAUUUUCUGUAAAGGGUCUGUGCACAGAUCAUGAAAAAUGUCACAUCAACUCAGACAAUUUGUUAUCAAAAAAUAAUGAGAAUAUUAAACUUGAACCAAAUGUAAUCCAAAACAGCAUAAGUAUAGAAGACAACACUGAUUCUGGGACAAUGUCAAGGAAUCAAAAUAACAAUCUUAUCAACCAUAGUAAUAAAAGCAAUGAGAAGAAAUCAACAUUUUGCAUGAUUUGCAACAAACAUUAUGCACAUCCUGGUGCCUUCACCAAUCACAUGCGUAUUCAUGGUGGUACAACAUACAAAUGUCAAUAUUGCCACAAGCAAUUUAAUAGAAAAGGCAUUUAUAUUAUGCAUGAGAAAACACAUGUAUUUAAAAAUAACAUAGAAGAACAUACAACGAUACAUACUUUAAAUAUGUAUGAGUGUGAUGACUGCGGUCAGCAGUUUAAGACAAAUAUUUCUCUAGGUCAUCACAUUAUGGAAAACCACAGUGCCAAUAUGUCUACAUCUAAUAAAAAUGAACAUGUCGAGAAUUAUGAGAGACAAAAUGCUUCUCUAGAAAGAAUUAAUUUUGAUUUUGUUCAGUGUCAAAUUUGUUUGAAAAUCUUAAAAACCCGAAAAUAUUUGGAAUGUCACAUGAGAAUACACACUGGUGCCAUGCCAUUCAAAUGUGAUAAGUGUAACACGGCUUUCAGAUUUAAAUCAAAUUUAAAAUCGCAUCAAAAGAAAUAUUUGGCAUGUUAUGUCCCAUAAUUAUAUUUUAAGUGUAAAUAAAUAGAAUUUUAAGCCAUUAAAAAUGACAUCAUAUUUCAACAUCAGCUGAAGUUACUUUAAUGCCAGUAUAAUAAUGUGGAAAAAGAAAAUUAGAAAACUUGUGAAUCACUUGAAUCUCACAUUCAUGGUUUUAUAUUUUGUUUUAUCCUAAAAAUGCCUAGCUACUUUUAUUGUUAUAACUACUUAUACAAUGAA